AUGACCUUCGAGCGCAAAGAGUCGGACUCGGCGGAGGUGCAACAUGUGGACUUUUCGGAUUCGCGCUCGCAUGGCAAGGCCGUCAAUGCCCAGUUGAUCUUCACUUGCAUCGUGUUUGGCGCUGCCUCCUUCUUGUUUGGCUUCGACGACAAGAUCAUAUCCCCCGUGGCGGCGUUGCCGGCGUUUGUUGAGAAAUUCCAAGGACCCAAUCCAUCUGGGAAAUAUGUCCUUACGGCUCGAAAUCAGAAUCUCGUCUUCUCUCUGCCGUUGGUGGGCUCCAUCUUUGGAGGUCUGCUGGCUUCGCCGAUGAACUUCCAUUGGGGUCGCAAAUGGCCGCUGAUUGUGGCAUACAUUGUAUCUGUCGGGGGUGGCCUGCUGCAAGUCUUUGCACCCAAUCUAGGGGCUUUCAUCGGUGGUCGUUCAAUCAAUGCUGUUGCAUUGGGGAUCGUCAAUGCCACUGCCCCCUUGUAUAUCGCCGAGGUUGUACCCGCAUCUAUUCGAGGCAGAUCUGUCAGCUCCACCAACAUCUUGAACCUCACUGCCGGAGUGGUGGGCACAGUGGUGGUCUUCAGGUCCGAAAAGAUCUCGGGGAUCUUGUCAUACCAAAUCCCACUCGCAGUACAGUGCGCUCUCCCUGUGAUCCUGUUCUUCCUGACCCUUCCUCUCCCCGAGAGCCCUCAGUGGCUCGUUGGGAAGGAAGAGAUGGAGCGAGCCCGUCGCAGCCUGCGCAAACUGCGCGGGUUCAGCGACGAAGAAGUCGACGACGAACUGCGCCUGAUGAAGCGCAGUGAGGAAAGCGAGCGUGAACUCCACGCCCAUACCAAAUUCUGGCAUAUCUUCCAACGCAAGCAUCUUAAGCGCACCAUCACAGCUGGUUCAUUCUUCUCUCUUAACCAAAUAUCAGGUGUCAUCCUCUCAACAACAUACGCCACCGUCUUCCUGACAGAGAUUGACGUGGCGAACGCAUUCACUCUGACUAUCAUUGCAUCCUGCUGCACAUUAGCCGGCACCAUCGCCGCGCCUUUCGUCAUAGAUCGCGCCGGCCGACGACCAACAGCGUUCGUCGGCAUGGGCAUACUCUUUGCCGUCGAUGUGGUGGCUGGUAGCCUGGCUUUUGACAGGAACAAGCAAGCAACUAUGGCCAUUGCAGCACUAUCAUUUGUAUUUAACUUCUUUUGGGCAUCGUCAUUCUUCUCGCUGUCGAACCUCAUGCCAUCGGAGAUGGCAACCCCGAAGCUCCGCCAUCACACCAUGUCCUACACCGUGGCGUGCGCGCAGUCGACGGCAGUGAUCACUACCCUGGUGGUUCCACAGCUCACUUCUGCAGAUGCAGCCAAUCUCGGCGCAAAGACAUAUCUCAUCUUUGCCGGCUGUAUGGCGGCCAUCAUCGUCUUCUUUUAUUUCCUCAUGCCGGAAACGAGAGGUCGUUCAUUUGCCGAGAUUGAUGAGAUGUAUGCUGCUAAGAUCCCUAUGUGGAAAUGGAGGUCCUAUGAGACAUCCUUUCAGAAGUCCCGAGCGUCAAAGGGUGCAUGA